AUGAACUCGCCACCGAACUUCUUCAUUCCCCAUACGUGGGCAACAACGUCCAUACAGGAUUCGUUGGCGUCUGAAAACCCAACCCUACAAGUUGCUUCCAAAACUGUCAAGCUCGCCGAUACUAAUGUCGCCGACAUCGCCAACCCGGGGAUCGCACACUGGGACGACUUCGACCUCGAUUCACUCCGUCAAGCCUAUGGCGAUCUCCUCGAGGAACACCCCGUUCCGAGAGUCGCCAGCUCGCACUCUCCACUCAAAAUCAAUGGCCUGACCGAUUUGAAGAAAAUUUUUGUCGAUCAUGUGUUUCCUCGACUGAUGCAGCCGAUCAAGACAGGCGCAACGGCCCUCGGAGACCGGCUCGGAGACAGACUGCCAGACGUCUCGAUGUGCAAGGAUACACUUGUGGAGCGGCGUUAUCGUUCUGCUCUCUCUUUGAUUUCGGACAAGGGAGUGCAUUACCUGGUCAGUUGCGUCUUACUGGAGACCCAGUGGACUUCUGCCAUGGUCGAGAGCGCGAAGAACAGCGGAGUCGUCGCAUGCCUAUUGCUUGUCUACUAA